CUUCAUAUCUGUCAACAUAAUUAAUUAGCCCCUUUAGGCCUUAAUAUAUCAUCUUCCUCUUCCUUGUUCACAUCAACAAUAACAUCCCCCCUCUUUCCCUCCUGAAUCCUAAUUCCUCAUUUCCAAUUCUUUUCACUUCUUCAUCAUCAAUGGAGGAAAGCUCACCUGAAAACAGUGGAGAUUCACCGCGUUUUAGGUUGCUCAAUGAUGGCGGCAAGAUGAUGGCUUCUACUUCCUCCCCCAGAAAAAGGUCCAGUUUCCUUUUCUCAUCGUCAAAACAAUCUUCUUUAGUCUUUCCAAAAUUUUUGUGGGUUUGAAUUUGACUUUAAUUAGUCUCAUCAUGCACAUGCAUAAUACUGAAUGUUACUCUACAUCUAUGUUGUUUAUAAUUUACAGUAGUAAGAGAUCUAGUAAUCAGAAUCGAGUAGUGAUGUCAGUGGCAAUUGAAACCGGGUCGCGUUUCAAAGGUGAAACCGGACCUCCGCCCACCGAUGCUUGGGCUUGGAGGAAGUACGGUCAGAAGCCUAUUAAAGGCUCUCCAUAUCCUAGGGGAUACUAUAGAUGUAGUAGUUCAAAGGGAUGUCCGGCUAAAAAACAAGUGGAAAGGAGCAAAUUAGAUCCUAACAUGUUACUUGUCACCUAUUCUUGUGAGCAUAACCAUCCCGGCCCUCCGGCACCAAGAAAUCAAACUACCCAAAUUAAUAAUUCAAUCAAGCCAGAGAAAAUUGCAACUAGUAAUAAUUCGUCGGAGGAAGAGGAAGAAGAGGAGGAGGCCGACGAAGAAGAGGGGGAUGAGGAGGAGGAGGAGGAAGAAAAGCCGACGAAAUUCGCUAGCCACGCCGCCGUGAUCAACAAAUGCGACGGCGGGGGCGGGGGCGGCGACAACGAUUUUGUCGCUAACAAUAGUACUACGAAUGAAGUGUCGUCGUUGAUUGCCAGUGUUAGCGACCAUUUUUGGUUCUCGGAAUUCGAGAGCACCAGUACUUCUUCUACUAUGUUAGAAAGUCUAAUUUUCACUGGGGAUCACAAGGUUAGCAGUACUACUAAUGAUGAUGAAAUGAUGAAGGCUGCUUUCACAAUGCGAGAUGACGACGAAUCGUUCUUCGCGGAUCUCGGCGAGCUGCCGGAAUGUUCCAAGGUUUUUCGCCGGCCGGGGAUGAUGAUGGAGAGGGAUGAGGAACGCCGGCGGCUUAGCUUGACGCCUUGGUGUGGGACCACCGGAUGAUGUCGAUCCAAGAAGACUAUUGGUACUAUUAUUUUAAACCAAUUUGACUCAACAAAACUUGUCUUUCGUGUAAUCAGCGACAAUAUUUUAAUUACAUUUGAUUUUUUUUUUUUUUAAAAAAAAGUAUAGGUUUGAGCGUCAUGCCGGAUUGAGUCAUUAAUGAUAAUGAUAUUGAUCAUAGAGUAAACGUUAAUUUUCAGUCAAUUUAAUGACACAACACAUACGUCUAGUAGGGGAAAAUUUGGAUUUGUAAAGUGGCUCCUGAAUUUAAUUAGUGGUUUAAGUACACUUUUGUUUUGUGCAUUAAUUGUUCAAAUAUUGCUAUCGUCAAAUUAAGCUUUUUUGGUUACCAUUGGUCUCAUAAAAAAAUUUUAUAAGUUGAUUGUACGAUUCUCAUUCUAUUCCUGUUUAAUA